GGAGUCUUUUUGAUGAGAAUACUCCGAGGACGAUAGCUGCAGUAGGGACAAGAACUUCGAGGACUGGUGACGAUAAUACUGCAGAAAAUACUUCCAUCCCCAUGUCAUCUACAAGAAGAUUUCCUUCUAAGAGGCGAAAAAUCGAAAUCGACGAUGACGAGGAGUGUAUCGUUGUCAACACUGCGGAGUUCAUGAGGAUGAAAAGCAAAAAAGGGGUUAGAAAAAAGCGACCUACUGCGGCGGAACUUCAACUAUAUAAAAAUCAACAUAUUAGUGAUCAUGAUACUACUGGUGCAAGAACAAGUGCAACCGUACCUCGUGGAAAAAUCGCAGGAAGAUGGAAAAGUUGUGUAAAAGAGGAGCAUGAUCUUCACAAGAACUCUCCCAGCUGUAGUCGGUCGCAGUCUGUUGAACAAGGUGCUUUUGAACAAGGUGUUCCUGCCGGAGCAACACCGAUCGUAACGCCAAAUAGAAAUACUAAAGAUCCUUCAACUUCCAAGAAAGCAACAUCACAAAUGCAAUCUUCUACCUCUACAAGUACCCGUUCUUCCUGUUCCACCACUGCUUCUUCUAGGUCUAAAAGCACAGUAAGACCAAAUGCUCCAUCUACUACUUCGAAAAGUACACCGAAAGGAGCCAAAGCAAAAGCAAAAACUAUAAAUUAUACAAGAACUAAAGGAAAAGGAAAACAGAAGGAGCAAGAAAAGGAGGAACGGAAGGAAUCGGUUGUGCCGUAUCCUACGUCCUUGGAGACAAUUGCAGCGUACACGAAGUCACAGUGGACUCUCGUCCAAAGCGAAAUCGAAGCUGCCGUCAGGAAGGAAAUGGAGAAUCAAUUGGCUUUGAAGAUGUUGGCUUCGAAGAAAAAAGGCAGUGGGAAGCGGAAGAAUAAAAAGGCAAGAACUACGAGAACUACUAGUUGCAAGACAACCAACAGGUCUGAAGUCAGCAGGAUCUUGAAAAAGUACAACAGCAGUGGCUUGGGGUUUGGGUCGUUUGGACAAGAUCAUGGAGAUGACUCAUCCUCAUCUUCAGAAGAGGAUGAUCCUAGCUACGAUGGACGUCAACAUUCACCACGUCAACAUUCAACUACAAGUGGUGUACAGGAAGAAAAACCUACGCUGGAACAAACUGCUGAUCAAAUUGUGCGCGAUAAUUUUUUUCCCCUCCUCCUUCCGACUCCUAGUACACAAAUGAAGAUCGAUCCGAUGUUAUGACACGAAAAAGUGUACUCAUACUCAAGAAAAGAGGCUUCUUCCUACUUCGAAAGUGUCUACUUUCUUGAGGAUGAGUACACUUUUUCGCUUCAUAGAUGUGCUGUCUGCCGCAUCCCGGUGAUUUGCGAAAUCUGAGCAACAAUGGAGCCCAGAUAACGUUGGACUUCUGCGUGCAGCAUCAACAAGCUCAAGUAGCCAAUGCCAUGAACGUGCAACUGCAGGAAGGCACCACAGUGUUGGCUUUGACUACCUUGGAGAACGCUUUUGCAGAAGGCUUUAACAAUCUAGAGGCGUUGACUGUGACUGUUGUUCCACCUGUUGCGAAGAAAGGCAAAGGACGUGGACGAGGAAAGAAGACUAGCAACGAAAAUCAAGGCCAAGCUCAACAAGUUGGGGCCGCCUUUGAAGGUUGUGGAAGUUCUUCUUCCUCUUCUGGUGAUACUUCCUCAUGGAUGUUUAGCUCGCAUUUGGCAUCAGCAGCAUCUUCAUCCCGCUUCGUAAGUAGUUGUACUACCGCACUUGUUGAUCUACAACCACAUCACGACCUCCAAAUACUACAACAGGAACACAAGAACCAAACACCCUCUCGUCCUCCGGCAAUGACAUUUACCGUGACCAUUUCCCUAGAGAAUCGCAGUUGGUUUUUCGCUCGUCUUGCGGAACUGCGCUUUGCGAUCACGCGAGGUCUCUUUGCAACCUUCCUCAGGGCUGGUGUGAAGGGUAUGGACCCUUCUCUUUUUUCGCGAAUACGACAGACAUCGAAUACCGGGCCUGCAGGAAUACGGCAGACAUCAAAUACCAAGCCUGGAAAACAGGCACAGACCACAUCAUCAAGUGCACCUACUGGUGAUGGUGGCGGUGCUCGUGGUGGUAGCGGUGGAACUUCCGGCAGUGGUAAUGUCGGUAUAGCAGGUCGACGCCCGCGUGCUGUUGACGUUAUUGUACUGGAUGAGUUGGAACAAGAUGGGAGGGAAGAUGUAGACGUUACGUCCAAAAACGAGAGCAGUAAGUCCGGAAAAGGAGAUGCAUUAAACGUCCCUACAGCAACGCCAAGCAUCGCCGUGAAUAAGCGGGAUGAAGACUUCAAGAACAACGAUGGUCAAGAACAGGAUGCGAUAUCUAGAUCUACAACUCUUCUUGCCUGGGAGGAGGACAAGCUGAACAUGUCUGUGGAAUCGGCACAGCGAUUGGAACCGGAAUUCGGUCAACGCACCGCCUUCUCGGAAAGUAGAGUCAGUGACGAGAUGGAUAUCAGUUUUUGCAAUCUGAGCUUUGAGCAGCACAAAACAUCUUUCUCAACAUAUUCCUCGUCUGAUCUAGUACAAAAGCAAACAUCGUCUUCACGCCCAGUAGUACAAAAGAAGGAGAAUAGGGUUAUUUCGCCUGAGCAGAAGGAGCGAAGGUUCUUGCAGUGCGACGAUGAGGCUGUAAGCGAACCUGGAGUGGGAGAUGAAAUAGAAAAGAAUGAUCUCGAACAAGGACCACGACGUGGAGGUAAUGGAGUCCUUCUAGGUGUUGCGUCUUUUGGUGCUAAAUCGUCAUCUAGCUCCAGAUCUACGUCUCGUGGUCAGGAAGCCAGGAGAGCAGACCAACUCCAAGAUGAUGUGGACCAGCAGCAGGAGGAAGAUGAAAACACCACUAUAACGAGUAAAGACGAUGAGUAUGAACUACCUUCUCAUCUCCUUUCCAACGAAAACGACGACGAGAACGACGACGACGACGAUCUUCGUCCCAACAACGACGAGAACGACGACGACGAUCUUCUCAACAAUAAUAAAAGCGAGGAUGAUCUAAAACUUCUUCAUUCCUUCUUUUCCUCUUCCGACGACGAAGAUGAAGAAGAUGACGAUGACGAACUGUAUGUUCCUCCUGCUGAGGACGAUGAAGUAGACCACGGAGAAGAGGCCUCAGACGGGGAAAGGUGGAUAGAAGGAGAAUCAUCAUCUUCAGAUUCAUCUGAAGCAGCCGUAUCGCAUCAAGAAUACGACAGUGACUCAUCUUCUGGAAUAGACGAAGACGAACGUGAGUACCAGCGCCAACGAAUGAAAAUGAAGGAGCAAGUGAAGACGGGAAAAGAAGGACUAGGAGUACGACGUGGAAAAGGAAAGGACCAUCGCAGUUUAUGUUUGGAUCCACGAAAAAUGGGACUAUUGUCACGUGAAAAACAGAAAGAACUGGUGCGAGAGGGGAAGACUGAAGAGUUAUCCAGGUGCGUGCGGACGGGGGCAGCUUAUUGUUAUGGAUUGGCGUCAAGGUCGAGUCAGAGACUGAGACAGAAAGAGUAACUAUUUGAAAAAUCAAGAUGAAAGAACAGCACGACUGCUACUUCAUCAUUUACAGGUACAACUUUUUACGGCAUCAGUGUUAAAAGUUUGGUACAACCACACCCUCCAACUCCAACGACGUCACACCCCCACCAACCUCCUCCUUCCUCCGCUAACUCUCGCACGUCUCGAAUACGGGAUCUUUCACCAUGGAGCGGAAUGUUGGCGAGGUGAUGCAGCAUGCCUACGAUCUCUCGGAUCCUUUCUUGGUUAACGACAUCCCUACCUUAGCAGACGAAAUGGAAGAGUUACGAUUGCUUAGGAUGGGGAAGCUGGUGUAGUAGUAUUUUUGUAUGAAGUUGUGAACUUCUUAUAUGCCCUGCUCUACAACUAGAUGAAUGAAGAUGAGCUUGUUUUGCGUGGGUGAUUUUUUGGGGGUUUUGGAUUUUUUGGGAGGUUGACUGAGGCAUCUUCAUGUUUUUAGAUUACCAUGCUACUUAAUUGGUUCUAAUUUUCUUGUCAUGAUAGAAACCCAUAUCAAUCUAUAUAGAAGAUGACAUAUUUUUGCUUCAUAAUUUUCAUCCGGGAUCAUGCCAGGACUGAGCAGACAUGGUCAUUGAAUGACAAAAAUGUUUGCCUUCGUGACGAAUGGAAUUGAGAAUAUCAUUUGGCUUCGCAGCAACAUCGUGGAAAGAACUUUGAUUUUGCAGAACUAACAAAAAUAAAUGACAUGAAAAGAACGCUGAUGAAGAAUUGUAUUCGAUGCACUGUAUCAUGCCUGAGUACUUUGAUAGGAUGGUACUCGCUAGGUAGAGGCCUUCGGCUAAGUAGAGCAAUAUCAAUUUUGAGGAUGUUCGCCACUGAAAACCGCGACCAUAGUCUUUCUUUUUUGAACUCACUGAAGAUGAGCAUCUAGUACAAAGUUAGCAACAUGAUGAUCC